AUGGCAGGCCGCUUCGUGAGAUCUUCCAAGUACCGCCACGUCUUCGGUCGCGGAUCAAAGAAGGAGCAAUGCUACGACAACCUCCGCAUCUCCAAGAAUGCCUGGGACACGAAUUUGAUCAAGGCAAACCCGCAAUACGUCUCGGUCAAUUGGGAAGCUAGCGGUGGUGGCGCAUUCGCUGUCAUUCCCAUUAACGAGCGAGGCCGUCUUCCCGAGCAGAUCCCCCUCUUCCGUGGUCACACUGCUGCUGUGCUUGAUACCGACUGGAGCCCUUUCAACGACUCAUUGAUCGCAUCCGCGUCGGAUGAUGGCAAGGUCUUCAUCUGGAAGGUGCCCGAAGGCUUCAGCCUUCACACUGAUGCCGAAGAGCCUGCUGAUGUUGCGCCGGCCGCGCGUUUGAGCGGACACAUGAGGAAAGUCGGUCACGUCCUCUUCAACCCCGCCGCCGAGAACAUCCUCGCAUCCGCAUCUGGAGACUACACCAUCAAACUUUGGGACGUGGACGCUGGUGCCGCAAGGUUGACCUUGAAGCAUAAUGACAUCGUCCAGUCGCUCUCCUGGAGUGCCGACGGUUCGCUUUUGACGACAACCAGCCGUGACAAGAAGCUUCGUGUAUGGGACGUUCGUCAGGAGAGGCCGGCCCAGGAGGUUCCGGGACAUCCUGGUGCUAAGAACAGCCGUGCUGUGUGGAUGGGCGAGCAUGAUCGUAUCGCUACAACCGGCUUCUCCCGCAUGAGCGACCGUCAACUUGGUCUUUGGGAUGUUCGUGCUCCCAAAGAGCCUAUCGGUGGUUUCACUAUCUUGGACUCCAUCUCUGGUGUUUGCAUGCCAUUCUGGGACGAUGGUACACAGUGCUUGUACCUGGCUGGAAAGGGUGAUGGAAACAUUCGCUACUACGAGUAUGAGAACGAUAAGUUCGAGUACCUGUCCGAAUACAAGUCUCCCGACCCACAGCGUGGUAUUGCGUUCAUGCCCAAGCGUGGCAUCAACUUGCACGAGAACGAGGUGCUUCGCUGCUUCAAGACCGUCAACGACUCCUACAUCGAGCCAAUCUCUUUCAUCGUCCCCCGAAGAUCUGAGAUGUUCCAGAGCGAUAUCUACCCUCCUACCAAUGGUAUCAAACCCGGUACAACUUCCUCCGAGUGGCUCGGCGGAAAGACUGCGCUGCCCCCGAAGAUUUCCUUGGAGAGCGUGUAUGAGGGUGGUGCACCCGAAGAGGUUGCCUCUGACUAUAAACCGCCGGCAGCAUCUGCACCCAUCCAGAGCCCGCCUCCUACCAAGACUGAGGCGCCCAAGCCUGAGCCAGUCGCUGCACCGGCCCCGGUUCGCUCUGGACCUCCUCCCGCCAUGAAGGACAACCAGGCAUCACUUGCAAGCCAGGCAUCGAGGUUUGCCGACAAGGACGAGGAGGAGUCUGAUAAUGAGUCUUCGAGCUUCGAAGAGGUGCCGAAGCCAGUGGAGCGUCCUUCAGUCACGGCCACCAGACAAGAAGAGAAGACUCGGGGCCCAGCGAUUGCGACAGAACCCCAGCCACCUAAGCCUGCACCUGCUCCUGCGGCUGCCCCUGCAAAGUCCUCCCCGGCACCGGCUCAAUCUACCCCAGCUGCGACCAGCACGCCGGCACCCGCCCCAAGUGCUGCAUCGGCAGCUGCUGCGGGUAUUAAAGACUACCUGUCUGACAUCAAGGCUACCCUACAGCAACAAAGCAAGGUCUUGUCUGACCAGUCCGAUCAGAUCGCUCUGCUGAUGCGGGAAGUGAGUACGCUGAAGGCCAAGGUCGGUCCUUCGAGUUCCGACCGUGAAAAGGACGAGCGCAUCCGACAGCUAGAACUCGAACUCGAAGAGGCCAGGUCCUAG